GGACCUCGGAAGUAUCUGGCCACCAUGGGCCGUAUAAAUUCCAGGCAGCAACCCAUUGCUCAACAUUCCUCUCCACUUCUCCCUCAGGCCUUUUUCAACCACCACACAUCUCCUCGCGAGCCAUGGACGGGCUCCCUGAGGAAAUCGUGGACGCAAUCAUCCGCAGCAUCGACACCCGCCGCAAACCGUAUCUGACGCGUCCGGAUUCUCGGACCUUCCAUUCGCUAUGCCUCGCAUCGCGGAGACUGUAUCGCAUUGCUAAGCCGCACCUCUAUGUGAGCAUCCAUAGCACAUCCGGGACCAUGGGCCGACAGCUCUUGCGUACGCUUUCCGCGAAUCGCCAUCUUGCCGAAUGUGUCGAAAACUUUGCCGUCCAGCAUAGCGCGGAAGGAUGUUUUCAGACUAUCACGAAAUACAGCAUCGAGCAGGAUGAGUGGUACGGCCGCGUGGAAGACCAAUGCGGGCCCCUUCUCUUGUCGACCAUUAGACUGCUCCCAAACCUCAAGGUCCUCGAUCUCUCCCGUUUCCCACCAAAACAAAGCGAUCCUGUCUGGCUCCACCCGAGGCUCGACCAGGAAGGCAACCGCAUAGGACGGGCGUUGGAUGCAUCUCAAUUCUCAGUUGUACAUCAUCUCUCGCUACAUCUUGGGUCAUUGUCGGGAUCGGAACUCUGGCCGGUAUUCCGCCUUCCCUCUCUUCGAUCUUUGGAAGUCGACAUGCGGGAGCCGGGGAUGACUUGGUCGGACGUAAAGAGCCUGUCGAUCAUAGGAUUCUCUGCGUGGAGGGCAGACGACGUCAAGAGGAUGUGUCUCGCUUGUGUCGCGCUUCGGUCCCUGUUCGUUACGACAUCCGAUUUGGCCACCACCCACUACAUCCCCAAGACUUGUAGGUCGCAUAUCCGUGGCGAAAGGCUCAAGAGUAUACGAGUAGCCGUAGAAGGGCUGUGGCAUUACGACGUCGACGUGGGCCCGUACCGUGUGGAUGAUGAAGUUGUGGGAAAGGAGCUUGUUAACGUUCUGUCGUACGUGACGGGGGAUCAUGGUGCGGACGGCAGCCGAGUCGAAGCGUCGUCGGGAUGCGAUAUGGUUCGCAGCGUAACAUUAAGGGAGCUGAGUCCUGACGAGAAGAGGGCGUACGAUUCUCGGCUAGUGAGACGACCGUGA